AUAAUCGGUCUAUCCGUGUCUUCUCCUCGCCAUAUCUAGGGUUUCCAAAAGCUCCCAUUGGGUUCCCCUUCUCCGGCCAAGACUUGUAAGAUCUGUACGAAUAAUCCCACCGCGCUCUCGCAAUAGCUUGGCUCUUCCUUUCUCCCUUUUUCUUCUCCAAAAACUAGGGGUUCUUUUAGCUCCCAAUCCUUUUCUAGUUCGGUGCCCCAAUGCGAUGUACGAUUUUAUAAUCGUGUUCUUUUGCCCUGUCCGAUUUUAAUUAUGCAAUUGCUGGGCGGAAAACUCGAAAAGAAGGAAGAAGAGGGCUGUUUCUCUCCUCUGUAAAUCUUGUCGAGCGGACGUGGGAGGCGGGCAAUCCAGGUUGGGAGACCGGCGUCACCCAUGGAUUUGGGUCGACCCGGCGGAGGGGAUCUCUUCUAAAGGCUUCCGUCUCGUUUUCUCGAUUGAUCGCUGGUAAUGACGGACUUGCCUGAGAGGGUUGUGGCUUCAGAAUUUCCUGCAGGACAGUCAGCUGAUUCUACAGAUAGAGAGAGAGUUGCUGCUAACUCGGAACAAAAGGCUAGUCACAAUAAGUCUUUGAAGGCUUCUUUCUUGUCAAGUUUCUUUGCGUCCACUUUAUCCAUCUUUGAAACACACCCUGAGUCCCAUUCUGGUGAAAAGAAGGCAACCAAGUCAAGAAGCUAUGGUUGGACAACAGCUGUGAAGAAAGUUGUGGCUGGUGGCUCAAUGAGGAGGCUUCAAGAGCGUUUACUUGGGACAAGCAGUACUGAUGCUUUGAGCUUAACCAGUGAAAUAUGGCUUCUUGGCAUGCGCUAUAAACUCUCACCUGAAGAGUCUUCUGGUGGUGCUGAUCAUGGCAAUGGAUCUGCUGCAUUUUUAGAAGAUUUUUCAUCAAGAAUUUGGAUAACUUACCGAAAAGGUUUUGACGCCAUUGGUUAUUCAAAGUUGACUAGUGAUGUCAGAUGGGGUUGCAUGAUCAGAAGCAGUCAGAUGCUUGUUGCACAGGCACUGCUUUUUCAUCAUUUGGGGAGAUAUUGGAGGAAGCCUUCACAGAAGCCACAUGAUCCAAAGUAUAUUGAGAUUUUACAUCUUUUUGGUGAUUCGGAGGCGUGUGCCUUUUCCUUACACAAUCUGCUUGAAGCUGGGAAGGGCUAUGGCUUGGCGGCUGGAUCAUGGUUGGGUCCAUAUGCCAUGUGUCGCACGUGGGAAACCCUCGCUCGUGCUAAACGAGAGCAAGCUGACCUUGACAGAGAAAAAGAAAGCUUGCCCAUGGCGGUAUAUGUUGUUUCGGGUGAUGAAGAUGGAGAACGAGGCGGGGCUCCAGUUGUUUGCAUUGAUGUUGCUGCCAGACUCUGUUCUGAUUUCAGCAAGGGCCAAAUCUCCUGGGUGCCUAUUCUUUUGCUAGUUCCUUUGGUCCUUGGACUAGAAAAGGUCAACCCCAGGUAUAUUCCACUGCUAUGGGAAACAUUCACGUUUCCACAAAGCCUGGGCAUUUUGGGUGGAAAACCUGGGACAUCAACUUACAUUGUUGGCGUGCAAGAUGACAAGGCAUUGUACUUGGAUCCUCAUGAAGUCCAAGUGGCAGUUGAUAUUAAAACGGAUGAUCUGGACGCUGAUACUUCCUCGUAUCACUGCAGUACUGUCCGAAAUUUGCCACUUGACCUGAUAGACCCAUCUCUGGCCAUUGGGUUCUAUUGUCGAGAUAAAGAUGAUUUUGAAGAUUUCUGCACUCGUGCUUCGGAUCUAGAAGACAAAUCAAAUGGAGCUCCCUUAUUUACUGUUGCUCAGACUAUUCGGUCUGCGAAAUCGGUUCAGCACCAGGAUUCUUUGGUGGAUAGUUUAGGUGGUGCUGGCAACAGUGGGAUGGAUGAUACCUUCGCUGGGGAUAACUUCAGAGAUUGUGACGCUCAUUCAGGCGACGACGAGUGGCAAAUCCUAUGAACAGCAAUAUGCGUGCAGCCAUGUUUUCCAGGUUAGCUGGAAAUUGAAGUUGGCUGCUUGUUUCCGCCGUCUGUUGACAAACAGCAGCCUCGCACAUCAUCCAGCUAAUGAACCUGAUUCACGCCAGAUUCAUUUUCUCUUCUCAUUUAUUCAUUUUAUUGGAGCAGUAGUGGUAUUGUACUUGUAUAAAAGAAAGCUGAAACUCAUGAUCAUAGGGGACCAAUCGAUAAAACAAUAUUUGGUGUGAGAUUCCAAAUAGUUGUCGUUUCCUACCUGGGGACAAUUCAGGUUUUAUUGCAUUCAAAUCUGAUUUAUUGGAAAUAGAUUCAGCUCCAACCUCUUGAAUAUCCUGAUUGGGGCUUUUUGGAAGUAAAA